GAGACCGAUUGUGUUGCGUUAAGCAAAGUUGCUAAAAAUAAAGUACAAUAAAUAUUAAUCAUGAGUUGCAAUAUUGAGGGGAUUGUUGGAUUAUUAUUGCUUUUAGGGCAACUGCAGCUUACUGGUUCAGAAAAAGUGUUUUCCGACCCGUGCGGCCAUAUAAAGAUUGAAAAUCCAGACCUGCUGUUCUAUGGCAGGAAUGUUACCAUACACUUCCUUCCGAACCAAACCUUCAACCAGUUUAAUGCAACACCUACAAUUUGGAAUAUUAACGCGGUCGUUAUGGACCACCUGCAUACUUCUGAUAAUGAAACGAAUGUUCACAAAUUUGUACUGAUAAAUUAUCCGAAUAAUUUACUGCAUGAUGAUUUUUAUAUUAAGUAUGGUAGUUGUAUAACGCAAACAUUCCGAUUACACUUAAAAGAGCUGACAGAUUGCGGACACUUGUACAUGCGCACACCCUGUGUCUUGGUAGGAAGUCAUGCAGAACUCGUGUUCAUCCCCGCACCAGCGGUAGUAGGCUUUAAUAGUAAUUACGUUCUGUACUGGUUGGAAACAAGCUCUGCAUCGAACGAAAGACGUAUUUAUCCUGCUACAGAAAAGUUGUAUAAGCAACGAAAUGAAAGUGACUCGACAUAUGUGUUAAUGAUCAGAAACAUCGCAAAGGCCAUUGAUGGAAAUACGUACAGAGUUCAGUGUACUGAUAAACUACUACAGUUUGUAUUCGGCAACAAAUACACAGAUCCAAUAACCAUAAAUGUUUUUCAAACACCUGAUGCACCUGUCCUAAGUCCGCUACAUGAUCUAGAUGACUGCAAAGGAUGUCUCCUUCUACACUCUAACAAUUCAUCGAGAAAGAUUUAUUGUAAAACAUUAGAAAACCGCACAAAUGUUUCCAUGAAAAUUAACGGUCGAGUGUGCACGAAUAUCGAGCGCACUGGUGAGAUGUACAUACUGAUUGUGGACAUGGUAACGGACAAAGAUCAUUUGACAAACGUCUCCUGUUCAGUCAUAAACUGCGCAAUAAAGGAACCUCUGGUCGUUUCUGCUCAGCUAUAUGUUGCGAAAAUACCUGGAAAACUGCAACUGAAUGUUCCAGUUAUAUAUAAAGGGAUGGCACCAAACAUUACCUGUUCAAUUAAAGGAGGCCGACCAAAGUCUAGCAUAUAUAUGUUUUUAAAUUCAGAUGUUAUCACAUCCACUCAGAUUGAUAUAUUUGAUGAGAAAUCACGCACGUACGAAAGUACUGCGACUGUAACGUCGGUUCCAAAUAAUAGCUGGAAUGAAAAUGAAAUUCAGUGCUACCAAAAACAACCUUACAAUCUCUCAGCUUUUGUUGCAGAAAGUAAAUCGGAAGUGCGAUAUAUGUAUCCUCCAUCAGAGGUAUCGAUCCAACUUGACAAAUACAGCUUUUCAAAGCAAAGAGAAUCGUAUAUCAUCGAUGUGUCGUGCAAUUUCACAGAAACAAAUAUGCCGUGUACCAUGACGUGGUCACCAACGCCGGACGAUUUGGUUUAUCUCAAACGGCCUGGAAAUAUGUCUGAUGGAAGCUUCAUCACGUUUACAGCUCAGUUAAAUGCAACGCGUCAGAUGAACGGUCGAAAUAUAACAUGUACAAUGCAUUGUGCGCCUUUCGAGUCUUUAUCUGUUUCCGAAGUGCUUUAUAUUCCAUUCACACCAAUGGUCCUCAUAAAUUCAUCUCAAGUUACGCCGAGAAAAGAUGGUUCAUCGUAUUCGAUUACGUGCUAUGCCGACAGUUACCCUCCGCCAAACAUCACAUGGAGGUACACAAAAGACGGAACUGAACACACGCAAUCCUGCAAAGAAGCCAUUAAAUGUCCUGUCCUAGUCUCUGGUUUGUUGCAAGGGGAGAAACGGGAUUAUGUGUGCAGUGUGGAACAUAUGUUUGGAACGUUCAAUGCAUCUGUCAUUGCGAAAGGAGAAGAAAGUGCUAUGGUAUCGAAAGAAAAUCGGCCCUCUUCAACAAUUUUAGUGGUAUCUAUUGUGGUGUCGUGCCUCUUUCUGGCUGGGCUAGUAAUCGGUAUUGUAAUGUGCAUCAAACUGAAGAGACGUAACCAGUCAUCAAUGCCAAGCCGUCGUAAUGGUGAUCCUCCUUCGAAUGACUUACAAGACAAGAAUCGUGAAUCUUCCGUAGAAUAUGCUGUUGUUUCUAAAUCACGGAAUAAACAAACAUUGACUCAGUCAACUACUGAGAUAAACCCAUCACACUCAAACGAAUGUACUGAGGGACAGCUGGUCUAUGUCGAACUUGACACUCAGUUACUGGAAGCCCGCUCGACAUCGGGAUCGAAAGCGAGAUCUCGACAAGACGACACUCCACGGCAAGAAGAAACUAUCGAAUAUGUUGACAUUGACUUUGCUAAGAAGUCGAAGCCGCAAGGCGAUGAUAACAUUUACGCAAAUCAAUAAGUUUUAUAGCAUUAAAUAAAAACUUGUUUUGUUAAAGCCUUUAAAACUUUAUAAGUCUGAGUGGUAAUAUAUAUGUCGAUCUAUAUAAUCAAUAUGUAUUGUUAAAAGGGAUGACGUUCUUAUCGAUGAUCUGGUCCCGAGUCCGCACACCGUUCUUGUUUGCGAGAUCAUUCGGUCCACCCUUAAGUCAGAAAGACAGAAUAUUUAUGAUUUAGGAAGAGUUUAUUUAAAUAACUGUCGUGAAUGAAUUCCGCAUUUGUGUUUUUGAAAACAUUUUCUCUUCCGAGAUCGAGAGUUAUCAAUUUUUAUUAUUAAUAAAUGUUAUAUUAAUAA